UCCAACAUCCGCCAUUCGAAAUCCUCGUCCACGCGCGCAACAUGUCGGAACAAGUUCAAGUGGCAAAUGACGCAUACAUGCGUACCUGGAACAAUUCCGACGACACAAACCUCGUCAUGGUCGAAAAUCUCCUCCACGCGCAAUAUAUCGGACCAAGUGAAGAUCGCAGAAGCCGAAUACAUACGUACCUGGAGCAACUCCGACUACACCAACCUAGUGAUGAUCGAAUACAUACUGCGACAGAUAUACAAGACUGAGAACCCAUGGGAGUAUUUUUUUCGGGCGGUAGACGAUGAGGUAUCUGGAGAGUCGCGGUGGUCAAACGCAACGGCAAAAAUAGAAGAUACAAACCCGCAAUUCUUCACGAAGAUAGCAUCAGAACCGACCUGGGAAUCGGACAUACCAUCAGAUCUGUGGCAAAAUGGAAACGGCUUAUGUACUUCUUUCGCAAUAUGGCUAGAAGAUUGCAGCAACCGACCAUACGGCCUACCCCCAUCAUGGCAUGAUCUCGCUUUCAAGGUCCGAUGA